AGCAAGAAGAAGAAGAAGAGGAGGAUAAGUAGGAGUAGUAAGCUGGUUCAAAACCCAUCUGUUACUGCUCAUUAUUAAUAAUUUAUGGAUAAUUCCGACGAACAGUAGCUAACAAAGAUGUGGAAACAGCAGAUCAAACAACGACUGGAUGCAUCAGUGGAGGAAAUAUUGGGCAUCUUUGAACAAACUGUGGCAGAAUAUAAACAGGAACUGUCGCGUUUAAAAGCCGAUGUUCAGCAGAUGAUGCUGGAAAAUGAGGAAGCUCAUGAAGAAUGGAGGACUGGUCAGCAGGACCCGAAACGCCUCAACGUGAAGAAGAAAGCAGAGGAACUCUGGACCAGUUUGGAGGGAGAGCAGCUCAGUAGGAAAGAGGAGACUGAUGCCGCCAUGUUUCCAGUCACUGCAGUUGUUUCAAAGCGUGAGGAUGAUAAAGGGGAACUGAAGUUCUCACAGGUUCGUCAGGACCAAGUGGAAUACAGAGAUCUCCCAACCAGUAGCUCAGAUGACCAGAUGACAGUAGGAACUGGUGGAGAGGGCUGUGGAGGAGCAGAAACUACCAGGAACCCAGAUCUGAACACUCAUGACGACGACUUCAGCUCUUCAGAGACAGAAGUCAGUGACGAUUAUCAAGAUGACAAAGAUGGGGACAACUCUGACUCUGAGCUGCAACACUUUUCAGACUCUGGACCAAAAACUGAAAACAAGGACGAGGAGAGCGGGGCUCCCGAGUCAGGAGUAAACAUCGUCAGCACAUCCUUUAGCUGCUCAGAGUGUGUUUCUCCUUGGCCCCGCUUCACCCUGCUCAGACCGGUUCCGUGUUCUUUUCCACAGGGACUUCUUCGUGGAACCGGCCUGUUUUUUCAGUACCUACUUCUCUGCGGUUCCAUUGAGGCCAAGCAGGACCCUAAAACCUGA